AUGAGUGUAGAGGGUGAUGACAAGCGAACUCGCACUCGGUCCAAGGGAAUCAGAGUUCCUAUUGAGCUCGUAGGACAAGAGCUGAGCUGCCCCACCCCUGGAUGCAAUGGCUCCGGCCAUAUCAGUGGGAGAUACUCACGACACAGAAGCGUUCUGGGUUGCCCCAUAGCCAGAAAACGCCGCCUAGAAGAAGCCGAGGCCGAGCAGGAACAGGAAACGGAGCGGCCGGCCUCCAAGAGGAAGUCCCACCCUCUGAAACUUACCCUGGACGAGGGCUUCAGCGCAGAGAGCGAUGCCAGCAGCGAGGCCGAGGGAGAAGGAGAGAAGGAUGGAAAGAAAGGAGGAGAAGCUAAGGAGCAGGAGGAGAUGGAGGCAACUGUAGAAGAAGACACAGAAGAGAUGACAGAAGACCUGACGCGGGACGGACAGACGAACAGAGAGAGGGAAGAGAUGCACAGUCAGCAGAAGCAGGAAGAGGAGGAGCGGGAAGAAGAAGAAACAUAUCAGAAGGAGGAGAAGACAUUUGCAGCUGAUGAAGAGGAGGAGUGCGUGAUCAUCGAGCCCGAGCCUGGCGUGGCGCCACCUGUGGCCGAGGAUUGUCAGUCUCCUUCUCAGAGCGCAGAAGAGGUGGCCAACUCUCUCCUCCACCUCGGACGAGUCUCUGACUCCGCUGCCAGCGACAAUGCUCCAACUGUGGCCAUUCAGCAGCCUGUUGCUAUGGAGACUCAGGAGGAUGUCAUCACGGCAGCCGAGCGGGGUGAAGAAGUAAAGGACGAGCAGGAGGGGGAAAUGAAUGAGGGAGCAGAGGAGGAGGAGGAGGAGUUGGCACGGAGAGUUCAAGUAUCGGAAGAGUCAUCUGUUCUGCAGAAGGAGGCAGCUGAAGAGGAGGUGGAAGAGGAGCGUGGAGAAGACAGGAGUGACCACGUGAGCCAGGAGAACCACCAGUAUAUCAAUGAAGAUGUCCACCAUCAACAGAUCUCAGAUGAUGAGGAGGAAGAGGAGGAGGAGGAGAUGGCGGUGCAGGCACAGCAGAGGCAGAACUCUCCACCAGAGGAGGAAGAUGAGGAGAAAGAUGAGGAGGAGCACAGGGAGGUGAACCACAUUCUGCCUGUUUCUGAUGCGCCAACUGCCAUCCGCACCAUCACCAGCACUGCAGCAGCUCAGGGAACACACAUCAAGUCUGAAGACCACAGGGCCAGUCCUCUGGAGGACUACAACUCACGCAGAGCAAGUCCCCUCGAAAACUACAACGCCAACAGAGGCAGUCCGCUCGACAAAUAUGACUCUCAUAAACCGAGCCCGCUUCAGAACUACAAGGCCAGCCCUCCUUUAAGCUACAGCUCCCACAGGGCCAGUCCACUGGAGGACUACUUCCCCAACACCAGAAACGAGAACUAUAAAAUCCACACAGCCUCUCACGACAUUAUCGAUGUGCGUUCCGAUAACGCAGAAGAGAAGGACUUCGAUGACAUCGAUGGGGACGACGAGCAUGACGACGAAGACAGCCUUUCCCAUCGUUCCACCGUGACGGACGAGUCAGAAAUGUUCGACAUGACCCGAGGGAAUCUGGGCCUGCUGGAGCAAGCCAUCGCCCUGAAAGCAGAGCAGGUGAAACCAGUCGGGCCCAGGGAGCUGCUCCGCGCCCCGGAUAUCCACCACCAGCGAUACUUCACCAUGGAGGACAGGCCCAAGCACCUGGACGUCCUCCGCAAGAGCUACUUCAGCAAAGAGAGCAGUAGGCCAGAGAAGAGGGAGAUCAAGUGUCCCACCCCGGGGUGUGAUGGGACGGGUCACGUGACCGGUCUUUACCCCCACCAUCGCAGCCUGUCAGGCUGUCCUCACAAGGACAGGAUUCCCCCCGAGAUCCUGGCCAUGCAUGAGAAUGUGCUGAAGUGUCCCACUCCCGGCUGUACCGGACAGGGCCAUGUUAACAGCAACCGUAACACACACCGCAGUCUUUCUGGAUGCCCCAUUGCAGCUGCGGAGAAGCUGUCCAAGGGCCACGAUAAGCCACAUCUCACUCCGCCGGGCAGCGAGCACCUCAAAGGAAGUCCCAACGACAGAGUGUUAAGGCCCAUGUGCUUCGUCAAGCAGCUCGAGGUGCCCCAAUACGGCAGCUACAGGCCCAACAUGGCGCCCACCACGCCUCGCGCCAACCUGGCCAAGGAGCUGGAGAAGUACUCCAAGGUGUCCUUCGAUUAUGCAAGCUUUGACGCUCAAGUGUUCGGGAAGCGCAUGCUUGCUCCAAAGAUGACCACCAGCGAAACCUCACCUAAAGCCUUCAAAACUAAGCCCUCAUUCCCCAAGUCAUCGUCGCCUAGCCUGAGUCUCCACGGUUACGGGAAGAGCACCUCCUUGGCCUACGACUACUCCCAUGACGCCGAGGCCGCUCACAUGGCCGCCACCGCCAUCCUCAACCUGUCCACUCGCUGCUGGGAGAAACCCGAGAACCUCAGCACCAAACCCCAAAACAAGGAAAUGGACAUUGAGGUGGAUGAGAACGGCACUUUGGACCUCAGUAUGAAGAAGCCCAUCAAACGAGAGGGCAGUCUGUCUGGCACCAGCCCCGGGGUUCGCUCCCCAGACCCUUCUUCCUCAUCCUCAUCCUCGCUCCAUCACGGUGGUAGCAGUGGGAUGACAUCACCCAACCUACACACCUACAAGCAGGAGGAGUGGGAGGGACCUCUGGAUUACACCAAACCCAACCGCCAAAGGGAGGAGGAAAUGGACGAGAUGGACCACACCGGUCAGUCGUUUGUCUCGUCCGACCCAGAGGACUGUGACAUGAUGCAGGACUGUGUUGAGGACAGGAAGUACCCAGGAGAGGUCACAACCCCGAGCUUCAAAGUAAAAUUCCAGCCUAAGGACACCAAGAAAGAGCUGCUGGCGUGCCCUACACCCGGUUGCGACGGCAGCGGCCACAUCACUGGAAACUAUGCAUCCCAUCGCAGUCUGUCUGGGUGUCCUCUCGCUGAUAAGAGCCUUCGGUCCCUCAUGGCAGCCCACACCCCUGAACUCAAAUGUCCCACUCCAGGAUGUGACGGCUCAGGUCAUAUCACAGGAAACUACUCCUCGCACAGAAGUCUCUCUGGGUGCCCGCGUGCCAAGAAAAGUGGAAUUAAAACUCCUACCAAGGACAACCAGGAGGACUCCGAGCUUUUAAACAGAUGCCCCGUGCCGGGUUGCGACAGCCUAGGUCACAUCAGCGGGAAGUACGCCACGCACCGUAGCGCCUACGGGUGUCCUCUGGCCGCCCGCAGACAGAAGGAGGGUCUGCUCAACGGCACUCCCUUCAACUGGAAAGCCUUCAAGACAGAAGGGCCCACCUGCCCCACGCCUGGAUGUGACGGCUCCGGACACGCUAACGGAAGCUUCCUCACACACCGCAGCCUCUCAGGAUGCCCUAGAGCCUUGUAUGCCAAGAAGAAGGCUAAGUUUCCCGGGGAGGACUACCUGAGCACCAAGUUCAGAGCCAGUGAUGUUCUGGACAAUGACGAGGACAUCAAGCAGCUCAACAAAGAGAUUAACGACCUCAACGAAUCCAACAAUGAAAUGGAGGCUGACAUGGUCAACCUGCAGACUCAGAUCUCAUCCAUGGAGAAGAACCUGAAGACCAUUGAGCACGAGAACAAGAUGAUCGAGGAGCAGAACGAGGCUCUGUUCAUGGAGCUGUCAGGUCUCAGUCGCGCCCUCAUCCGCAGCCUGACUAACAUACGACUUCCGCACAUGCAGGAGCCAAUCACAGAGCAGAACUUUGACAGCUACGUGAGCACCCUGACCGACAUGUACACCAACAAGGACUGCUUCCAGAGCCCGGAGAACAAGGCUCUGCUGGAGAGCAUCAACAAAGCCGUGAAGGGCAUCAAAGUCUGA